ACAGACGAGUCUGUUUCCGGCCGGAGGUGUGAGUGUCGCACCCCACAAUCAGCGAGGACAGAUACACUCUAUUGUAUGAAGUUGUUGCGUUCAGUUCUUUUUCGUUUAAUUUGAUAAAGUUUUUUUAUGUGCAGUUAGAUUUAACAGUCUGUUGUUAAAUAAUCGAAGCCCGUUUUUAAGGACAAACAUUUUAUUUACAAUUAAAGCCAUGGCAUCAGACUCGUGGGCUCAGGCCGUCGAUGAACAAGAAGCUGCGGCGGAGUCGAUAGGCAGCUUGAAAAUAAAUGAAAAAGAUGACCAGCUGAAAGCUGCAGCAAAUGGUGCAAAGACUGAAGGCAACGGAGAGAAGACGGAGGACGAGGAUAAAGAUGACAAGGCGGCACAGUCUCUGCUGAACAAACUGAUCCGCAGUAAUCUGGUGGACACGAGCAGUCAAGUGGAGGUCCUUCAGAGGGACCCGAGCUCUCCGCUGUACUCCGUCAAGUCAUUUGAGGAGCUGCGACUGAAGCCUCAGCUGUUGCAGGGAGUGUAUGCCAUGGGUUUCAACAGGCCCUCUAAAAUCCAGGAGACCGCAUUGCCCAUGAUGCUAGCAGAACCUCCACAGAAUCUGAUCGCUCAGUCUCAGUCAGGCACGGGUAAAACGGCUGCCUUUGUGCUGGCCAUGUUAAGUCACGUGGACCCUGAAAACAAAUGGCCUCAGUGUCUGUGUGUGUCCCCCACAUACGAGCUCGCCCUCCAGACAGGCAAGGUCAUCGAGCAGAUGGGCAAAUUUUACCCUGAAGUCCAACUGGUGUAUGCCAUCAGAGGAAACAAAUUGGAGCGGGGAACACGGUUACAGGAACAGAUCGUGAUUGGCACUCCUGGUACUGUUAUGGAUUGGUGCCAGAAGCUUAAAUUCAUCGACCCCAGGAAGAUCAAGGUGUUCGUCCUGGAUGAAGCUGAUGUCAUGAUCGCCACACAGGGCCAUCAAGACCAGAGCAUUCGUAUCCAGAGGAUGCUUCCUAAAACUUGCCAGAUGCUGCUGUUCUCGGCCACAUUUGAAGACACCGUGUGGAACUUUGCAAAGCGGAUCGUUCCCGACCCCAACAUCAUUAAACUGAAGCGCGAGGAGGAAACUCUGGACACCAUCAAGCAGUACUACGUCAUCUGCAACAGCAAGGAGGAGAAAUUCCAGGCUUUGUGCAACAUUUAUGGAGCCAUUACUAUCGCACAGGCUAUGAUCUUCUGCCACACCAGGAAAACCGCGGGGUGGCUGGCAGGAGAGCUGUCCAGAGAAGGCCACCAGGUGGCGCUCCUUAGUGGAGAGAUGCAGGUGGAACAGAGGGCAGCGGUCAUCGAACGUUUCCGUGAUGGCAAGGAGAAAGUUCUGGUUACCACUAAUGUCUGUGCUAGAGGUAUUGAUGUGGAGCAAGUUUCAGUCGUUAUCAACUUUGAUCUGCCAGUGGACAAGGAUGGAAACCCUGACAAUGAGACGUAUUUGCAUAGAAUCGGACGUACUGGGCGAUUCGGCAAGAGGGGGUUGGCAAUCAACAUGGUGGACAGCAGAUUUAGCAUGAACAUCCUCAACCGCAUCCAGGAGCACUUCAAUAAAAAAAUCGAGAAGCUGGACACCGAUGAUUUGGAUGAAAUUGAGAAAAUCGCCAACUGAGCGGCUGUCUUUGUUCUUCUAAUAGGAACGUGCUCGCGCUAGGUUUUAAAUCAGAGGCUGGAAGCAGAGCUGUGCCAGAGAGGAUGUUUACAUGUGGAGCAGUUUUAUCUCCGAUGGCGUUUUUAUAGGUUUUGCUUAAACUCAUUUCACUCUUUGUACUUCUUAAUAAAUUUUGAAUGUCUUAA